CCACUUUAAAGCCAGGCUGAUUCAUAGAAAACUCUUCAACUAAAACACAGUCAAAGGACACCACCCAGUUGCACAUCCCAAUACACCAGCAGGGGAAACUUAUAACGCUGCCAGCCAGGGUGCUCCCUUCACUGCAGCUCUGCAUUUUAAGGCAGCAGGAAUCGAAGGAAGCUCCUUCCACAGAAGACCUCUUUCUCCCAGACUUCUCUGUAUCUGAGGCACCGCUGCACUGAGGAGCCAAGAUGUUGGUACUACUGGCUGGUAUAUUUGUGGUCCACAUUGCCACUGUGGUCAUGCUCUUUGUCUCCACCAUUGCUAAUGUCUGGAUGACAACGACUAACAGUGGCGCCACAAACUCAUCAGGGCUCUGGGCGGAAUGCAUAGGAAGCCAUUGCACAGCUCUUCCUUUUGUUGGUGAUGAUCUCGCUGCCCUCAAGGCAGUGCAGGCUUUCAUGAUCCUGGCCAUCAUCUUUUCCUUUGUCUCUCUGGUCAUGUUUGUGGUGCAGCUCUUCACUAUGGAGAAAGGAAAACGCUUCUACAUCACUGGAGCCAUUAUGCUGGUUUGCUGGCUGUUCGUUUUGAUUGCCGUCUCGAUCUACACUGCCCGGUUUCCACAAUACUACAAAAACCAUAUAGACCACCAUGGCUACUCUUUCAUACUCGCCUGGAUCUGCUUCUGCUUCAGUUUCAUCAUUGGGGUUCUGUAUCUCAUACUCAGAAAGAAAUGAGACAGCCACAUGAGUAGAAUUGGGAGGGUGGAUUGGAAACCAGGGGGAGGGUUUGCGGGAGGGAUGUGAAAUCACUUUGCUAUGAGAACUGUUUGCCAAAAGUAAUUAAUUCAUACAUUGCUCACCUAACGUGCUCAAUCAUGGAAUUGGAUCCAGCGGAGAGAGAAGAGCUGCUGCAGAUCCUCCACUAUCAUGGAUGCUGGGACCAUGACAAUGGUUGAAGAACCUCCAAAGUAGCCAGAGGCUAUCUCCUUCCUCUCACCUGUGCCUCCCACCUUAAAGGACUUUGAAGUUCUGCCUCCCUGGAUACAGAAAUGUUGGGAGCUCGUCCACUUCCCUCCCUUAACCUUCAGCAACUAGGAUCCGUCACCCAGGCAUUCCACUGCCCAUUCCUUCUCAUUGUGGCAGUCAUAGUGAGGUGUGUGUCAGGCCGGUGAAAUUGAUCGACAAUACAGAUCCCUACUUACAUUUUCUUGGAAAGUGAAAAACAUGAAAUCAUAAAAGAAGCCUGACUGAAGUGAGGCCCAAUCCCAUUGCUAGAACAAAUGUAAGCUUUUCUAUUGCCAUCACCAUCUUCAUUUCCUUUUUUUCUUUAAAGAAAAGGAAUAGUGCCAGUGCUGCUGAAGAUAUCAGAGGGAAAACAGCUGCCAGUCGGGAAUGAAAGCAGAAGUGGAUGCAGGGUGGGAUAGGGAGGAGGACCCUAAUUAUGCCAAAUGGAGCCCUUAGUGAUCAGAGGGAUGUCAUUAAGACGUGUGACUUUCCAUUUGAGCUCACUAUGCACCCACUUGACACAGCUGCUGAAGAUCUGAGGGGGUCCUCAGAUGCUACCACAUUGUUAGGUGUGUGAUGUGUGUAUUCCAUGAACAGUAAGAUUGAAAGGGCUGUUUCUAGUCAGAUCACUGAGGCAUUCAACUUUGGCUCAUGGGAUCUCACCUCUCACCACCAAAUUCCAACUACCUAUAAGUAAUAAACAACUUUCUCUCAUUGUUGCAUAGGGUAGGGUUGGAGGGGAUGUUUAUGAAAUAGGGUGUUUUUUUUCAUAACAGAUCUUACAUUGAUGCUAUAGUAUGUACCUUACUAUUAUUUUAAAGGCUUACUAUCCCACAAGAAAUGUUGCCUAUGGGUUAGAGAAUAGGGUGUCUGAGUCAGAUUUCUGCUUAGCUUGAUCAUCUCGGGUAAAGGCCUUCAAUUUGUUGUGCCUGCCUUAUCCCUCCUCCCCCACCAUGCCUUCAUCUCCUAUAACACAUCUCCCAGGGGACAAGGAGAAGCCCAGCUAAUUACAUUUUGCAAACCGAAGGCCAAGUAGGAAAUGGCUGCAUGGAGAUGGAAAGAAUUAUUAUUAUGUCAUAAUUAUGGUCUGCAUCAGGAUUUUAAGUCCAUGUAGCCCUGCCAUUUAGAUCAGUUAGAAUAAUGAGUGGAAACUAUGGAUGGCAAGAGGCUGAGACUCUCUUUGCUGUACACCACUCCAGCCAUGUAAAAGGGGGAGACAAAUUCAGGGCUGCAAGUUUAGUAUAAACAGUAUUCUCUUUCUUUUUUUCUUUCUUUCUUUCUUUCUUUCUCUCUCUUUGUUACAUUCUUUUUACAUUUACAAUUUUGUAAUGGGGUAGAUAAUGUUCUGCUAUUGUACUUGCCAUUUCUCAAUGUUUAUUUCAAGUGCAGUCAUUGUAAAUAUUUUGAUACAAGUGUUCCUAAAAAUAGGGAUAUUAAAAAGAAAUAUUAAAAAAAAUAAAAAUAAAAUCCA